GCUGCCUCGCGCCUCGCGCCGCCGCCGCCCGCGCGCCAGUCCACCGCGCGCCGCCGACACGAGUGCUUCUACCCGCGCGCACCACACCUCCGCCGCGCACAGCGGAGUAUGCUACAGCAGAUGUCCUCGCCGACGCCGAGUGCACAAGCCGGCGAGGUCGUGUUGUUCGUGCGCCCCUUCGAAGGCCGCUUGAGCGGCGAUUCUUCCGUAGAAACUAUUCAACCGGUGUUACCCCAGAACAAGAAGAGAAGGAACUACAGUUGCUUGAAGUGCACGUUCCACACGUGCAACCCGCGGGACUUCCUCUGGCACGCCCGGGAGGUUCACUUUGAGAAGUUGAAGAUUCAUGAAUGUCCACACUGCGUUUAUGCUUGUCGACAUUUUCAAAAACUAGUACGACAUAUGAAAAUUCACAAUUCUACGAGAAUGGAUUCUGAGACAGAACCGAUAGAGCGUAUUGAAGAUUUUUUGGAAGAAGUCGAGGAAUGCGAGGUCGAUCAGAUCGACAUCGAUGACUGUAAUGAAGAGUCACUCGAGCGCUCCGUCGACGUCGAAGCGGAUAGAGCAGAGGAGGCGAUCCCUUCAGAACCCAUCAAGGAAAAGAGCAAAUUCUUUGCGUGCAGUAAAUGCAAUUAUGUGACUCACAUUCGAGCAAGAUUUACGAAGCAUGUGAAAUACCACUCGAUGCCGAUGAUUAAAUGCACCAUAUGCGACUUUCGCACGCCCUACAAAUGGAACUUGGAUCGCCACAAUAAGAAUCACGGCGGCACCGGUUGCUUCCACUGCUCUAUGUGCAACUUCACGGCGGACAUCAAGCAAAGUCUGACGGUGCACGAAAUGAAUCAUCACACGCCGCCGGCGGGCCAAUCGGGCGCGAGUCGUCGACGCAACCGGGUGGGCGCCAGCGACUCCGCGCUCCCCGUGCCGAGCGCGCUCAUCUGCAAGGAGGAAGAAGGGAGUGGCGACUCACGCUCCUCACUCGCGGCUUCGGACAUGUUUUUGCAGCACGCAGAGCGAGAUGUGGUUAGCUGCAACAGUGAUUCUAAUGACGCCAGCGCGUCCGAAGCUUUUGCCAAAAAAGACGACUUGCACUUGGCACAAGAUGUACACAGUCGGCAGUCCCCCAAUGCCACUACGGAGGAUGGGAAAUCUCAGAAACAGAACAGGAAAACUCCCCGACCCCCGCCGCCCCUCAUACCGCUUAACGCUUCAACGCCAAAUCAAAACAAGACUUCAGAACCACCCGCGAAAAAAUUCAAGGAAAACGAAUCUGACAAUAAUUCCAAUAAGAAAUACGAAAAUUUACCUGCAGACAUCACUCUGAUACCUGUUAACACUUCUAAUGCAAAAGAAUCAAUCGGACGUAAGAAGAACAAUUCAUUUUUCGACAAGUUAAAAGAAAGACUGCUGACAGAGACUGGGGAAGAUGGAUCGCUUACGUGUAAAAACUGUGGUUUUGAAAGCAAAUGUUUAUCAGAGCACUCCGUACAUGAAAAAAAUUGCACUCCGCUCCCUAAUCGUAUUACAUCAAACACUUCUGUUUCUAGUAUGAGUUCUACACGGUGCCAACAUUGCAGACACAGGUGCAAAUCUAGCGCAGAUCUGUAUAUCCACAUGCAAACAUGUCAAAAGGCGGAAAAAGUAGAAGACGAACAAUGUGAACUUAAUAAUCAGGAAAAUGACGAUGUUAUACUUGUGAAUCCUGAGAAAGAAGCAGAGCCGCAUCCAAUGGAAAAUGUCGUGUUUGUUUGGAAUAACAUUGACCACGACUCAAAUAAGUUUGAAAUGCCGCUCGAUAUUAGCAUCAACGAUGAUUCCACUAUGCCAGAACAUCAUAAGAACUAUGACACAGAAAUCGCAGACGAAAAUGAAAGUAUGAAUUUAUCACCAAGUCAAGCGGCUGGGAAGAAAGUUUUCAAAUGUCCACAUUGCCCGUUCUGGGCUACAACUGCUUCCAGAUUUCAUGUUCAUAUAGUUGGACACUUGAAUAAAAAGCCGUUUGAAUGUUCAUUAUGCAAAUAUAAAUCUAAUUGGCGAUGGGAUAUAACUAAACAUAUAAAAUUGAAAUCUGCUAGAGACCCGGAACACAACGACGCAAAGGUUUUAAUGACAGAUGAAACUGGAAGACGGAACUACAGUAAAUACAACAAAUUCUUAGCCAUGCCCGUAAUGAAUGAAAAUGGCGAAAAUGAAUUUCAUUACAUAGAUCCGAACACAUUAGUUGACUCUGGUAUGGAAGUCGAUGAAUCUUACAACGACGUAAAUGACAGUGGUAACCCAGUUUUCGAGGCGCAGCCGCUGAAUCUUCAGACUCAACUUGCCGGUCAUAAGCCUUACAACUUAGAUGGCCGAGGUGACGAGUACAAGAAACCUAAGAAAACUUUAUGGAAAUGUAAAAAGUGCAAUUACAAGGACCCGUCAAAGGAAGCGCUGUUGGAGCACGUCCGUGAACAUUCCAGAGCCGAUGGUUCACUGGACGACAUCAAAAAGAAAGCCGAUAACACACCGGAUCCGGCUGACCUGGCCUACCGCUGCGGUCAUUGCAAUCAAUUGUCAAACUGGAAGCAUGUUAUUCAGAGACAUUGCCGUUUGAAGCACGAUGGAAUAAUAAAAGUCAUAACAACAGUCAAACCAAAAGCAGACUUACAAUCGGCGGCCGACAUGGGUCCCGACUGCUGCCCGAAAUGUCCUUACAAAUCACCAGACAAGAAUACUCUAUUAGCACACCUACAGCAACAUACGCCUUCGCCGCAGUCCAUAUUCAAAUGUUAUUUUUGUGCUUUCUUUGUAAAAGAUGAACAGGAAUUAGUACAACAUCUCACUUUGCACGGUAUAAAUGAUCCAGAAGAAUAUAUAGCAAAAACUUUGGGAACCAAGUCUCCGACACCUGAUGAAGCAUCUGCAAAAACGAAGAGACACAAGUGUACGGAAUGCCCGUAUGAAACUAACAGCAAAUCUCAGUACAUGUAUCAUGAGCAGUUUCACAGGCUUCCAGCAGACACACCAUACAAAUGCCCGGAGUGCAAUUACAGUGUAUCCAAGAGACAUUUACUGCAUCAACAUUUGAGAGUACAUGGAAUAUUCCCCAAGAAAAGUGAAAUGGAGGCUGAAUUAGAAGCUUCGUCUUCUGGAUGUGCUAAACCAGAAAUAAAAACAGAGUUUCCCGAUGAAAUUCCCUUCGUGUGGGUUUCCGCUAAAAACGAAUUUCAUAAAAUGUACAAGUGCCGCUAUUGUUCCUAUGUAAAUUCUCAAAAAUGCAAAAUUCCUAACCAUGAAAAAAUUCAUUGCAUUGUAUUUGAUAAUACUGAAAUAACAAUCUAUAAAUGUUUGGAAUGCAAGUUCACCUGUGAUAACGCUGGGAGACUAGCUGAACACUCGAAAACACAUGCAGAGAUAUACGGCCGCAUAUACUGCCCCGUUGAAGAAGACGUCCCUGACGACGAUCAGAUUGCUAAAUUACGAAAAGUAAUUGAAAACGAAAGGUUAACUGCCCCUGAAGAUGCAGCCAAAGAGGAGAGUAUAAUAGAAAACAAAGAAAUAAAAGUUCUGUAUUUUUGUCGCAAAUGUCCAGCUAGAUUUUUCAGUGAUGACGAUUUAAGAAUUCAUGACCGAUUCCAUGAUUUGACCCUUGACAAUAAGUGCAAAAGUUGUGAAUUUUCAAUGCCGCUGGAGAAAGAUCUAACCGCACAUGUCUUUGUACAUUCAGACGAAUAUCACACAAAGACAAAAAUGCUUAAAUUCAUUCACACCAGUCACGCAGCUCACAGAGAGCCAAUUUUAGAACUAGUACACUGUCCAACUACUUCUGAAGUCACAUGGGUAGUUUCUAAUCCUAGUAAAAACUUCGGUGAUACUUUCAACAAAAAAGGCAAUGAAACAAAACACAAUGCAAAACAAUAUAGCUGUAAGGAAUGUCCAGCAAAAUUCUUUAAGAGCUCAGCACUCAGUUACCACAUGGGACUUCAUGGAGGAGAUGGAGAACAUAAAUGCAAAAAAUGCAGUUAUGCUGUAAAAAAUAUGGGUAAUUUAGCGAAACACGAGUUGUUACAUGAAAAUGAAGGUAAACCGUCAAAUUGCGAUUAUGACUCCGGAGACGACAUGGAUUUUAAAAAUAUUCCGUUGUCGGGUACUGACUUAUUUCAACGUAAAACUGAAGCACAGAAACGCGUGCUAACAGACAAAGACAAACUAGUGAAACCUAACGAUCACUUUCCUCCCGUGCUCCAAGCCGAUCCACAAUUUGGAUAUUUGAUGCACGGUAAUCCUGAAUUCAUAUAUCCAACAUACUUAAAAAAUGGUCGACAAAAAGAAAAGCGCUAUAAGUGUCACAAAUGUCCUUCAGCUUUUGAAAAACGAGAACAAUACAAAAUUCAUUUAUCAUUGCAUGGUUCGAAACAGAGGUAUAAAUGCGAGCUGUGCGAUUACUCGGUUAAGUAUUACGCCAACUAUGUGCAGCACAUGCGUAAACAUCAGAUGAACGAUGAAGCUCAAGCCGAACGAAAGAAGGGUUGUAGUGAAUUUGUUGAAACUGAAAGUCAAGAAGACAAACAGGAAGACAGCACGGAAAAUAUUAAAUUAGCAAUUAAAACUAUGCCGAAAGGAGUACCCAAGAGCGACUUUCAACAGUUUUCAAUUAGUGACCAACAAACUCUGAGACUGCUACAACGUAGGCGAUCUAUGAAUUCUGGUAAAGAUUUAAGUACUUCUGAUCAAUCCCCAAACAAAGAUCGUAGAUUACAUAUGUGUCUGCUAUGUCCCUAUACCAAUCAACGUCUCGAUGCUCUAAACAAUCAUUAUAGAAGACACGAUGACACAGACGCCACCAACACAGGCAACCACAAAUGUUCAUACUGUGAUCUGGUAGUCAUUCAAUCACAUUUCCUUCGUGAUCACUUGAAGACUCAUUUUAGUUAUCAGAAGAACUUAACUCCCGAAUGCUUUGUAGCCAAUGAAGACGUCAGUUUUACUAUAACAAACGUAGACGAAGAAAACGUGUCGUCGACUGAUCUCAAACUAGAUAUGAACAGUAAAAAUUAUUCGUGCAAUGACGAUAAGAUAUUUGUCAAAAUUAAAACAGGAGAACUUUUAGUAGAAUAAGAGAAAUGUACGUAUAUUUGAUUUAAGAAAUGUAUGUAUAAGUGAACACAUACUACUAAGUGGGUAUAUUAUUUUAUUAAAGUUUGAUUACAAUGUAGAUUCAUUUAUAGAUAUAAGCCAAAAAGUAAUGUAACUGUUGAUAUUCACCAAAGUGUAGCUUGCCAUAUUAGAUUGUAUCAAUCCUGGCCAUUUUGGUUCUAUUAUUAUUGUAUUUUUAAAAUACGGUUCAUUGAUAGGCCGAGGUUGUUGUAUGUAACGAGAUGAAAAUAAACAUGAAACCAAUAUUUUUUUAAGUAAUUUUUAAGUGGCUUACUUUUAUUCUAUUUUAAUCUCGCCUACACCAGCCAAGCAACAUUAAAAAAUUAUUCAAAAUUUCAAAAAUACAUAAUUUCGAAAAUUGUUACCAGCACUUGCUUUUAUUAAUCAAUGGUCAUUAAAGUUACUUAGGUUUAAUGUAGAUAGUUUAAAGUGUCAACUUUUUGUUAGAUUUAAUAAAUAACUUUUAGGAAUUGUAUUUAUGUUUUCAAGCCAUAAUCACAAGUUCUGGUAUCAUUAUUCAUUUGUUAUUCACUGAAAUGAUAGACCAAACAAAAAAGGAUUUGAAUAUUUUAGAUGAUUAAUAUAGAUAUUCAAUAUCAUUUUGAUAAGUAUUCCAAUAAAGUCCUUUAGGACACAUUCCUAUCGAAAAGGGGCAAAAUAUUAAUAAAUAUGAUUGUAAACUAA